GCAGUUCGCAUUCAUGAGCCAUGGGCCUGUUGGAUGGCUCCCCCUCCAGCGCCAGCGAUGCCUCAGAGCUUUUCGAGGCCGAGGAGGUGCUCGCCCCCGAGGUGAGCGCCAAAGGGCUCAGAGCGGGUGUUCCACCUGCGCCAGCUUCCCCAGAAGCGGCCAAGGUGAGCGCCAAAGGGCUCAGAGCGGGUGUUCCACCUGCGCCAGCUUCCCCAGAAGCGGCCAAGGUGAGCGCCAAAGGGCUCAGAGCGGGUGUUCCACCUGCGCCAGCUUCCCCAGAAGCGGCCAAGGUGAGCGCCAAAGGGCUCAGAGCGGGUGUUCCACCUGCGCCAGCUUCCCCAGAAGCGGCCGAGGCCCCUUUGGACGUGGCCCCCGGUGCCAAAGAUGCGCCUGGAGAGGCCAGCGACGACUCCACCGAGUCAGCGGACGAGCGCCCAGCGGAGCCGAGCCCAGGGCCACUAGGGCCGGAGGAAGUGGAGGAACGCGCCGACCUCCUCUUGCAGCAGUUCGGCCUAGCGCCACCGGCACGGCCGGAGCCACUGCCCUCCGCAGAGCCCUCCGAGCCGCCCUUGCGGCCGGAGCCGCCCCAAGAGGAGACUUUUCCAAGUCCACCUCCGACGCGGGCGACUCGCCGAAUCCCAAUCCGCCGGAGGGCAACCUUGAACGCAGCAGCCUGCACCAGCUGGGGCCAGCUGAUGAGGCGAGCCCUGACGCCGGCGAUCGAAGCCGCACCCCGAGUCGCAGCCGCAGCCGCAGCCCGCUACGGAAGAGCCUGGAGGCGGCGCAGAGGCGGCUGGAGGCCAAGCAGAUGCUGGAGCAGACACAGGCCCAGGCGAAGCGGGCGGAGUGCUCGGAGCUGCAGAAGCAGCUGGCGGGGCAGCUGGCGGAGCUGGCGGCCACGCAGGCCAGAGAUGAGGCUGAGCGGAAGCGCAGGCGACGAAUUGAAGAGCUCACACAAGUCGAGAAGGAGGCGGAGGCGGAGCGCCUGGCGCGGGCGGAGCGCCACGAGCGCGAAGCGCUCCGCGAAGCGAGCUUGGCUUCGGAGCCCAGCGACAGUUCGAGGCCGCCGCCGUUGUCUCCGGAGGGCCAGGAGGAGGCGUUCUCCUGGCUGCAGGACGACCAGCUGGUGUGUUUGAAGUCCAUGCAGCCGGCAGCGCUGCAGCGUCUGGCAGACGACGUGCACAAGAAGCUCAUGAGGCGCGCGGGUGCGGAGGGUGUCUACCGGGCCAUGGAGCUCUUCUCUGAGACCUUCAAGCUGGCCUCGGAGAGCACGCGGCGGACCGUGUUCUUCGCCUUGAACGAGCUCUGCCGGCCCUUAAGGAAGGAGCCCGUCAGCCGCUAUAGCAAGCUGGUGCGCCAUGCUUGCUGGACCUUCCUCAAGAACAUCACCGCCGUAGACAUGAGCGCCAAAGAAAGGCAGUUCCUUACGCGCUUCUUGCGGCAACACAGCAGCACACGGGACGAGCCCUCCUUCAUUUGGCGGGCCGCCGGGGACCACUCCGCGGAGACGAAGGAUUGGCAGCAGCGGCUGGCGCGCUGGGAGGCGGCAGUCAUGGGGCGCCAGAGCUUGCUGGAGGUGCAGGACCAGAUGUCGACCUACCAGCUGCAACAGAUGACCGGCGACGGGCUGGUGCUGGCCAUGGUGCGAACUCGAGACCAGACCCUCGAGACCAACCAGAGGGAGGAGCUCGCGCAGGAAGUGCUUCAGCUGGUGCUGGUCUUUCUGCUCCACAUUGCCUCCCUCUUCCUUCAAUUUGGGCUGACGUACCACUUGUACAUCACCACCGUGGACGGGCUAGCGGCCCCAUUUGACGAGGGCGUCGGUGCCUACAUGCAGGUUAUUCAGCAGGCCGUGGAGCAAGAUCCGCCGCACGCCUUGUCCAAGGACAACGACGUGCAGAAAGAUGCGCUGGACUUGUGCGUGAAGCAGCACGCCAUGGGCUACGUGCACUUGAUGGUUCUAUCCCUGUGGGCAGCUCGCAUGGUGGCGGAGAUCUCGGAGCUGCUGAACCGGCUGACCAUCCUGAGCCUCAUCGCAGACCCCACGAACGAACCCCUGGCCCGGGCGUUUCUGCAGGAGCGUGAGGACGGCAGGAUGCUCAUCGCCUACAUGGGCCGGCGCAUGAAGGUGGCAGUCAUUACCCUGUGCAUUCUGCCAAAACUGGGCUGCACCAUCUUCUUGAUGUGGACAGGCGGCAAGCUGUUCAUGCUGACCUACACCAUGGGGUCCCUUAUCAUCCCGCUGCUCACGCUGACCUACAUCUUGCAGAUCCCUUCCAUCCUGUUCACUGGCUUCUCCUCUUUCAAGUUCAAGGACCAAUGUCCGGCGGGCUCAAGAAGCAAAGCAUCCGAGAUUCUCCGGCGCUUGUUCGCAACGUUCUAG